CAAAUUUUCAAUUUCCCUUCUCUUCGCGUGUGAUUGUGAUUGUGUAGUGAUAAGUUAGAAAAUUUGAAAUAACUUAAAAAAUGACUGAUACUGUGGACCAAAAUGGUCAAGGGGAGGAGCAGCCCCAAGAGAAGACCGCAAAGCAGCUUGAGAAAGAGGCCAAAAAAGCUGCUAAGUUGGAGAAACUUAAAGCCAAGUUAGACAAAAAAAGUUCAGCGCCAGCUGUACAAAAAGAUAAGCCGGAGAAAAAGGCAAAGGAAACAAAAGAGAGUGCAAUUUACACAGCCAACACAGCCCCUGGGGAGAAAAAGGACAUAUCGGGUUCCAUGCCCGAUGCCUACAGCCCACAGUAUGUUGAAGCCGCUUGGUACGCCUGGUGGGAGAAACAGGGAUUCUUCAAACCUGAAUAUGGGAGGAAAUCAGUGUUGGAGCCAAAUCCUAAGGGCAAGUUUGUGAUGGUGAUCCCACCCCCGAAUGUCACAGGAACUCUUCAUCUCGGCCAUGCACUGACAAAUGCUGUAGAGGAUGCUAUCACAAGAUGGCACAGGAUGAACGGUCGCACGACGCUAUGGAAUCCGGGCUGUGAUCACGCCGGUAUUGCUACCCAGGUGGUAGUUGAGAAAAAGGUAUGGAGAGAAGAGAAGAAGACCAGACACGACCUGGGCAGAGAGGAGUUUAUCAAACACGUGUGGCAGUGGAAACAUGAAAAAGGCGGUCGUAUAUAUGAACAGAUGCGCUCGCUGGGUUCGUCACUGGACUGGAGUCGGGAGCGGUUCACCAUGGACGAGGUCACCUCUCGCGCCGUCACUGAAGCGUUCGUCCGCCUGCACGACGCGGGCGACAUCUACCGCGCGAACCGCCUCGUCAACUGGUCGUGCGCGCUCAAGAGCGCCAUCUCCGACAUCGAGGUGGACAAGCGCGAGCUGCCCGGCCGGACCAUGCUCAGUAUACCUGGGUAUGACAAGCCGGUGGAGUUCGGCGUGCUGGUGCACUUCGCGUACAAGGCGGAGGGCAGCGGCGAGGAGGUGGUGGUGGCCACCACGCGCGUCGAGACCAUGCUGGGGGACGUCGCCGUCGCCGUGCAUCCCAACGACGAGAGGUAUAAGCACCUGAUCGGCAAGAACCUGGAGCACCCGAUAUGCAAGAGGAAGCUGCCCGUCAUCGCCGAUGACUACGUCGACAUGAACUUCGGUACAGGUGCGGUGAAAAUCACCCCGGCUCACGACCCCAACGACUACGAGAUCGGCAAGCGCCACAACCUGCCCUUCAUCACCAUAUUCGACGACGAGGGCCGCACGCUCGACAACUGCGCGCAAUUCUCUGGCAAGAAGCGUUUCGACGUGCGGCGCGAGAUCGUCCUGUGCCUGCAGCAGCUGGGCCUGUACCGCGAGACCAAGGACCACGCCAUGGUGGUCCCGCUGUGCAGCCGCUCCAAGGAUGUGGUGGAACCCAUGUUGAAGCCGCAGUGGUACAUCCGCUGCGAUAAGAUGGCGGAGGAAGCUAUCAAGGCCGUCAAAAGCGGUGAGCUGAAGAUCAUACCGGAGGUUCAUGAGAAGAUAUGGUACCACUGGAUGGAGGGUAUCCGGGACUGGUGUAUAUCCCGUCAGCUGUGGUGGGGACACCGUAUUCCCGCGUACCGCGUCACAAUUUCGGGACAACAGGAGCGUGAUGUCGCUAUGCCCGCGCGGCGCCGCACGCGCUCCGGACGCAAGAAGCGACGCGUACGUCAUAACAAGCCACGCCCAACUGUCAUUAACGAAGAAGAACGUUGGGUGUCGGCGCACUCAGAACAGGAGGCCCUCACCAAAGCGGCGGCCAAGUUCAACGUGAAGGCGGAAGACAUCACGCUGUGUAGAGACGAGGAUGUGCUGGACACGUGGUUCUCAUCCGGGCUGUUCCCCUUCUCGAUAUUCGGCUGGCCGGAUAACACGGAGGAUUUGGAGGCGUUCUACCCCGGCUCUCUGCUGGAGACGGGCCACGACAUUCUGUUCUUCUGGGUGGCGCGCAUGGUCUUCUUCGGACAGCGCCUCCUGGGGAAACUGCCUUUCAAGGAGGUAUACCUGCACCCAAUGGUGCGUGAUGCCCACGGCCGCAAGAUGUCCAAAUCCUUGGGCAAUGUGGUGGACCCCGUGGACGUGGUGCGGGGCGUGACCCUGGACCAGCUCCACGCGCAGCUGCUGGACUCCAACCUGGACCCGAGAGAGAUAGAGAAGGCCAAGGCCGGUCAGGCCCGAGACUAUCCUAAUGGGAUACCGGAGUGCGGCACUGAUGCGCUCAAGUUCGCCCUGUGCGCGAUGGCCCAGGGUCGCGACCUGAACCUGGACAUCCUGCGCGUGCAGGGCUACCGGUUCUUCUGCAACAAGCUGUGGAACGCCGCCAGGUUCGCGCUGCUAUACUUCCCACCUGACACGUCCUAUGAGGCGUUCUCCGGGCCACUCCCAGCGGGUUUAUCUGCUAUGGACCAGUGGAUGUUAUCGAAGGUGUCGCUCGCGGUACAGAAGGUGAACGGCGGGUUCCGCUCGUACGACUUCCCCGCGGCCACCACGCAUUGCUACAACCUGUGGUUGUACGAUCUCUGUGAUGUUUACUUGGAAUACCUCAAACCGGUGUUUGCUAGCGGCACAGAGGAGGAGAAGGCGGCGGCCCGGCGGACGUUGUUCACGACGCUGCAGCUGGGCCUGACAUUACUCUCCCCCUUCAUGUGCUACGUCACCGAGGAGCUGUACCAGCGACUCCCGCGGAAGGACCGCUCCUGCCUCUCCAUAUGUGUAGCUCCUUACCCCACGGAGGAGGAGACUCCUUGGCGUUCGGAGAGUCUCGAAGCCGACGUGGAGACAGUCCUCAAGAUCGUCCACGCGAUCCGCUCCACGCGCUCCGAGUACAACCUCGCCAACAAGCAGAAGACCACCGUCCACCUGGUGCUGGCUGAUGAUGCGCAGGCUCUCAGGGGCCUCUUCAGCAAGGUGCAGUCGCUGGCCAACAGCGAGCUGAGCGACGGCCAACCCCCGGCAGGCUGCUCCAUACUCACCGUGUCCGAUAAGAUCGAAGUGCAUUUGGUUUUGAAGGGUCUUAUCGAUCCACAAAAGGAGAUAACGAAAUUGGAGAAAAAGAAGGAGACGUUGUCACAGACUAUAUCCAAGUUGCAACAAGCAAUGGCGGCCGACGACUACUCGACCAAAGUGCCCGCAGAAGUUCAAAAAGCCAAUUCGGAAAAACUGACGCAAUCUCAGGGCGAACUAGAGAGAUUAAACGCUGCAAUGGAAUCUUUAAAACUAAUGUGAUAAUAUGUUCGUUUAGCUCAAUUAAAUCUAAACAAAAUGCUUACAAAAAGUGAAAUAUUUAUUGAAGAACAACGAAAGAGAAAGAUUUAUCACAAAUUUUUAUACUGUUUCAGUAUCUAUGCAUUUUUAUCUUUAAGUCCUGAGUUGUAAUGCUAGUUUUUAUGAUAACCAAAAGCAAUAACAUACUCGUUCCAAGUGAUAUUUCUAAGUUUGUGUUACCUCUCAUUAUUUAUUUUAUAUUUGCGCAAUAAAAUCAGGUUUU